AUGGGCAAGAGCAGGAAGGCCUACAAGAAGCUGAUGCGCUCGUUCGAGCAGCUCGGCUUCCGCCAGCCCUACCAGCUGCUUCUGACCAGCGACAUCGUGCUCGACACGGUCAAGCUCGACAUCAUGAACUUGUUCCAGAAGACGCUCAACACCAAGGACAUCAAGCCCAUGAUCACCCAGUGCUGCAUCCGCGCCCUCUACGCAAAGAACAAGCCCGGCCCGGACCGGGACCCGAACGUCCCAGCCGCCAUCGAGCGCGCCAAGACCUUCGAGAGGAGACGCUGCGGCCAUCUGAUGGACCAGGACCCCCUUACUGAGCGCGAGUGCAUGCUCUCAGUCGUGGACCCCAAGGGCAAAGGGCAGAAUAAAUUUCGCUAUGUGGUGGCGACCAAUGAUGAGUGGUUGCGGCACAGGUUGAGGUCGGUGGUGCCUACGCCACUGAUGUAUUGCCGCAGGAGUGUCAUGAUUCUCGAGCCCAUGUCCGAGGCAUCACAGCAAAUCAGAGACAGGGAGGAACGUCAAAAGUUCAAGGAUGGCAUUAUCAGAAGGUCACUAAAGAGAAAGAGAGAAGAUGGCGACGAAAAAGAAGACUCCGAAGGCGAUCCUGACAGCGAGGGCGAGGGUGGCCAGGGUCAAGAAGUCAACAAGGAGAAAUCGACAGAUGCAACUGGUUCCGCGGAACAGGAACAGAAGGAGAAGAAAAAGAAGAAGAAGAACUAUGGUCCCAAACAGCCAAAUCCCCUGGCGAUGAAGAAAGCCAAGAAGGAAGACGACAAGAAGAAGAAAUCGCCCUCAGAUCCACAAAGGCCGAAGAAACCCUCGGAGACGAAUGCGGAUUCGACAGCUGAGGGCAAGGCUAAGCGGAAGCGUCGUAGGAAAACCGCCGGCGGCGCCGCGGAGGGUGGGGGUGGUGCCGGGGAGCAGUCAGCGGAGACGACAGCGGCUGGUGUCAAGGAGGACUGA